CGGCGGGCGCGUCGCCGCCUGACGGGCUCUCCCCUUCCCUCCUCAGGUAACUUCGACGGUGGCUACGGAACCGCGGGCAGCUCGGGGCCCGCGGGCGGCUACGCGCAGUCCCCGGGAGGCUUCAGCUCGCCCACCGGCACCCAGGCGGAGAAGAAGCAGCGAGCCCGCUCCCAGAACAUCGUGCCCUGCACCGUGUCGCAGCUGCUGGCGGCCGAGCAGGUCGACGAGACCUUCAGGAUCCGGGACGUGGAGAUCACGCAGGUUACCAUUAUAGGGAUAAUUCGGCACGCUGAGAAAGCACCAACGAACAUUCUCUACAAAGUGGAUGACAUGACGGCAGCGCCGAUGGAUGUCAGGCAGUGGGUUGAUACUGAUGAGGCAGGUGGCGAGAAUAUCGUGGUACCUCCAGGAACUUAUGUAAAAGUAGCUGGUCAUCUUCGGUCCUUCCAGAAUAAGAAAAGCUUGGUGGCAUUUAAGAUCAUGCCUCUGGAAAACAUGAAUGAGUUCACCACGCACAUACUAGAGAUUGUUAAUGCGCAUAUGAUCCUCAGAAAAAAUCUUAUGGCAGCAUCAAGAGCGCCUCAGUCAUUUACCUCUGCUGGGAUAGGUGACAUGGGGGGCUAUGGUGGAGGUGGCAGUCUGCCAGUGAAUGGACUCACAGCACAUCAGAGUCAGGUGCUGAACCUGAUUAAAAACUGCCCUGUCCCAGAAGGUAUGAGUCUUCAAGAGCUGAAACUUCAGCUCCACAAUGUCAGCAUGUCAACAAUCAAGCAAGCAGUUGAAUUCCUUAGCAGCGAGGGACACAUCUACUCCACUGUGGAUGAUGAUCACUAUAAGUCUACGGAUGCUGAGUGAAGUUCUUUCCAGCUGGAUUUGUUUUUAAGCAAAUGCUUGUCUGUGUUUCAAGUUAACCUGCCGAGCUUUGUGAUGUAGAAGGUGAUCUUUGCUCUUUCUAGCCUGUAAGAGUCAGUUAUUCUGUGAGUGCCUACAUGUUGGUACUCAAGGACAAGCAGAAGGAUUCUGUUGACUGAACUUGAUUACUGUGCCAUGAUGGAAGCAUAAGCGAAUAUGGGAAAACUGAACUCAAAGCUUCAGAGCCUUCAGUUUGUUUUUGUCUCUUAGUAGAAUGACUGUUAGAAAGAAAAAAAAAAAAAAACUUUCUAAUCUUGUCGUGGGCAGAUAGACUUUUGUUUCUAGAGCUGUUACUACUACCACGCCUUUCAUUCCAUUUAAUUCACAAAGUGGGUAGCCAAGCGUACUAUUCCACUAAUGUAUAGUAAUCAUGACUAGUUUUGUAAUUAGUUUAGUCUGUGCAUUUAAAUCUAUAUUUGUACUAUAAGGUAAUCUUAUUACUGGAGCUUUUGAAUCUUAUAUCCAAUAAAAUUUUAACUUGGCUAGUCUUGCA